AGAGAGAGAGAGAGAGAGAGAGAGAAAGAGAGAGAAAGAGAGGCUUUGGACCUGCCCUAUAUCUUUCUCAAUCUCACCAUUUUCUCAGCAGAUCCGAGGCUCCACUGAAUCAGAUCGAGUCAAUCAAAGCAUCAAAUCAAAGGCAUCAAAUCAAACUCAUCACAUCAACAACAACAACAACAACAACAACAACAGCAACAACAACCAAACCAAAAAAACACCCCCACAAAAAAAAAGAAGAAAAGGGAGCCCAGAAAGGAGAGAAAGAUCCCCCCUUGGCUUGGGUCGGUCGGUCGGUCGGUUGGUUUGUUGGUUGGUUGGUUGGGCAAUCAAAUCAAAUCAAAGAAGCAGCUGCUGCAGGAGAUCCAAUAAAUCAAAUCAUGUCAUCCUCCUCCGCCGCCUUUUCUCUGGACCACCUCUCGCCUCCCCCUUCCGAGCAGCUUUGCUACGUCCACUGCAACUUUUGCGACACCGUUCUCGCGGUGGGGGUGCCAUGUAGUAGCCUGUUUAAGACGGUGACGGUGCGGUGCGGGCACUGCACGAACCUGCUCUCCGUCAACAUGAGGGGCCUCCUCCUCCCCGCCGCGAACCAGCUCCUGUUCGGCCAAGCCUUCUUCGCUCCCUCGCACCACACCCUCUUGGAUGAGAUACCGUACCCUCCACCGAGCUUACUGAUGGAUCAUCAUCAAGCAAAUGUGAGCAAUCAUGGAAGUACCAACAACAACAUGGUGGCUCCUGUGAAAGGAUCUGAAGAAGUAGAGCUCCCUCAGACACCUGUUGUUAACAGACCUCCGGAGAAGCGGCAGAGAGUCCCCUCGGCGUAUAACAGAUUCAUCAAAGACGAAAUCCAGCGCAUCAAGGCCGGAAACCCCGACAUCACCCACCGAGAGGCCUUCAGCGCCGCUGCAAAGAACUGGGCACACUUCCCACACAUCCAUUUCGGCCUGAUGCCUGAUCAGGGCCUGAAAAAGACCAGCGUUCGCCCGCAGGAGGGAGAGGACGUUCUCCUCAAGGACGGGCUCUACGCUGCAGCAGCAGCAAACUUGGGCGCUCACUUUUAGGGUUUUUACCUUAUUCGGCUGUUGCUGUUAGGGUUUCCUCUCUCCCCUCCCCCCCCCUCUCUCUCUCCCUCUC